AUGUAUCAGCUGAUGCGAUGCGAUAGCCGAAUGGAAGCGAAGCGAUACAUUGUUUUAAACGAUAAAACGAGAACAUUUUUCGAAGCUUGGAGGUUCUGUGCAUCCAUUGGGCUACGACUUGCAACGGUUACAUCACUCGAUGAAAGCCGACUGCUUGAGCAAGCUGUGAAUGGAUCCGUGGGGGUUACCGAGGGCUAUACCUGGUGGAUCGGUGGAACAGACCUUGGCAGAGAAGGAUCUUUCGUCUGGAUAUCAACAAAUAUUCCCGUAGGCUACAAGACGGGAUAUUCUAACUAUUCGCCAGGACAACCUGACAACUACAAGGACAAUGAACAUUGUCUGGAGAUAGGAAGAUUUGGAAAAGCAAAUUGGAAUGAUAUGCCGUGCGAGGCAAAGUUGCGGUGUAUUUGUGAGGAUGUAAAUUUAGUUGAAAAUUAA